UCAUGAGCCAUCCUCUUCAACGUAGACCGCAUAUAAAAACACAACCGAUUCCAUGCGAGUCGUGCAUCUCCUCUUCCUUUGCCUCCUCUCUCAACGCAGUUGACGAUGCUCAGCCCUCUCAGACUUGCAAGUACGCGACCUGUCCUUGCACAUGGAGCACGGGCGCAUGCCCUCCGCUACCCCACGCGGACGCUCAUAACGCUCAAGGAUCACAAGUACACCGCCCAUGCCACGGCGCGGGGCCAAGGCAGGAACGGACAGGUGAAGUCCGAUGACGACCAUGGGCUCAGUCUGCGCCUCGCAAUGCCCAAAUCGCUCGGAGGCAAGGGGGACGGGCAGAACCCGGAGAUGCUCUUCGCCAUGGGAUAUGCAGCCUGCUUCCUGAGCGCGAUGCAGCUCGUGGCCGGGAAGCUCGGCAAGGCAGAGAUGGCGAAGAAGGCGGUGGUGCACGCGCAGGUGCACGUUGGGGAGCCGAAGGAGAUGGAGGGAUUCGGGCUCGAGGUGGACAUCCAGGUAGAGGGCGCGGAUGAGGAGCUCGUCAGGGCUGGGCAUGAGGCGUGCCCGUACAGUCGCGCGUUGAGCAAGGGCGUUGUCGUGAAUGUGUCCGCGGCGUAGAGUCCGCAGCGACAAGCUGCUAGUGACAUCGAACCUAGUCCAUUUCCAUUACUACUGGGCGAAUGCGAUUUGGAUACGGAUGUAA